AUGUCUCAACUCCAAGAACUCGCUCGUCGCCUGACCUCGGCUGGCUACGCGCUGCAUCCCGAGGGAACGGCCACGUACACGCUGAACACGGACGAUGGCACCGUGGUCUUGAUGCACUGGACGGGAGACAGUGUCGGUAGCGAAGAGUUGAUUACGACGUCCGCCCGUGCGGGUUCCACAGCCGCGUAUAUCCCUACUCCCGAUGGCGGCAUAGUCGCCUGCAUCACCGACUCUUCCACUGUCGCCGUCCUCCACUACGAUGAAGAUGAGGAGGAAUGGGUCGAGGCCGACGGCCUCCCGCAAUGCGAGGUCGACCCCAACGGCCAGCUCGUCGCAUGUUUGGACUCUACUGCUUCGGUCGUUGUUGCGUUCCAGAACGAUGCGGGAGAUUUGAUCUGCCUGCAGGAGUCUGAUGAAGACGAGUCUUGGACUACGACGGAAAUUCAGGGCGCUCGAAAGCCCGCCGCGGGCACUCCCCUCUCCAUCCGCAUCGAUUUCGACAGCCUUGCUCUUCAGGUCUUCUACAUUGCUGAGAGCGACGGCGCAGUGCAUGGUGCCACCAGGCUCCAUGGCGCUACGCUCUGGGAAGACACCGUUGUGCUGCCCACCGGCGGCAGCGAGUCGCUCAAACGUCUCCUGGUAAUGAACGGGCCCAACGGGGCGGCCGACUACAUGGCGUACGCACUCACCAGCGCGGACAACGUCGUGCAGUUGACGGCUGGGGAAGCGGUCAACGACCUCGGACACGUUGGGAAGGAUGGAGUCCUCGUACCGAGCACCACAGCGGAGUGUUGUAUGCAUAUUUUUGGGCUGGUGAUCAACCUCAACUUCAGCCUCACUAUAGGCGUCGAAUCCAAAAAACGACGGUUCUUCAGAUAG